AUGGCGUCCAGAAUCGAUGGCACCGCUAUUGCGAAGAGCAUCCGGGAGGGCUUGAAGAGCGAGAUUGAAAAGGCACAGGCUAGCAAUCCUCGUUUCAAGCCAAACUUGGUGAUCUUCCAGGUGGGAAAUCGUUCCGAUUCGAGCGACAACACAGGCACAUACGUUCGAAUGAAGUUGAAGGCUGCUCAAGAGGCCAACAUCAUUUGCACACUCAUCAAUGUCCCCGAGUCUAGUACCGAGUUGGAGCUUCUCCAGGAAAUCACAAAGGCCAACAAUGAUCCUUCAGUCCAUGGUAUUCUGGUGCAACUGCCCCUGCCCAAUCACAUGUCCGAGCACACCAUCACAUCAGCUGUGGCCGACGAAAAGGAUGUCGAUGGAUUCGGUGCGAUUAACAUCGGUGAGCUGGCCAAGCGGGGUGGACACCCUCUGUUCACUCCUUGCACACCUCUUGCUGUGAUGGAGCUGUUGAAGGCAAGUGGCGUUGAUCCCGCCGGCAAGGAAGCCGUUGUCCUGGGUCGAAGUGACAUUGUGGGUAGUCCUGUCAGCUAUCUGCUGAAGAACGCAGAUGCCACCGUCACAGUCUGUCACUCAAAGACACCUGAUAUUGCGCGGGUAGUUAAGAAUGCCGACAUCGUUGUGGCCGCCAUCGGUAAGACCGAAUUCGUCAAGGGCGAGUGGCUCAAGCCCGGUGCUGUUGUUAUCGACGUCGGUAUCAACUACAAGGAGGAUGCGACGAAGAAGUCUGGACAGCGUCUCGUUGGUGACGUUGAAUUUGAUUCCGCUGUCCAAGUCGCCUCGCAGAUCACUCCAGUUCCGGGUGGCGUUGGUCCCAUGACCGUUGCUAUGUUGUUGAAGAACGUGGUCUCCGCCGCCAAGCACUACUUUGAUAGACAGCGAGACCGUCACAUCACUCCUCUGCCACUCAGAUUGCAGACACCCGUUCCAUCUGACAUUGCAAUCUCCCGUGCGCAAUAUCCCAAGCCUAUCACUACAGUAGGUUCGGAAGUCGGCAUUGCUCCUCACGAGCUCGAGCCGUACGGUCACACCAAGGCCAAGGUCAACCUUGGAGUACUUGAUCGCCUGUCACACCGCCGUAAUGGUCGUUACAUUCUGGUUUGCGGUAUCACCCCUACGCCCCUUGGCGAGGGCAAGUCUACGACUACUCUCGGCCUCACUCAGGCUUUGGGUGCUCACUUGAACCGCAUUGCGUUUGCCAACGUUCGUCAGCCCAGUCAAGGCCCGACCUUUGGUAUUAAAGGUGGUGCUGCUGGCGGUGGUUACAGUCAGGUCAUCCCAAUGGACGAGUUCAACUUGCACUUGACCGGCGACAUUCACGCGAUUACUGCGGCCAACAAUCUCCUUGCCGCUGCAAUUGAGACUCGCAUGUUCCACGAAGCUACACAAAAGGAUGGCGCUCUUUACAAGCGCCUUGUGCCAGCCAAGAAGGGCGUGCGCGAGUUCAAGCCUAUCAUGUUCCGCCGAUUGAAGAAGCUCGGGAUCGAGAAGACCAACCCCGACGAUCUGACCGAAGAGGAGAUCCGACGCUUUGCUCGACUGGACAUUGACCCCGAGACCAUUACUUGGCGUCGUGUUCUCGAUGUCAACGACCGUCAUCUUCGUGGCAUCACCGUUGGCCAGGCUCCCACUGAGAAGGGACUGUCCCGUGAGACCGGCUUUGAUAUCUCCGUUGCCAGUGAGUGCAUGGCCAUCUUGGCUCUCAGCAAUAGCCUGGAUGAUAUGCGUGAACGUCUUGGACGCAUGGUUGUCGCUACCUCUCGCAGUGGUGACCCCGUGACCUGCGACGACCUUGGUGCGGGAGGCGCUCUUGCGGCUCUGAUGAAAGAUGCGAUCAAGCCCAACCUCAUGCAAAGUCUUGAGGGCACUCCCGUCUUGGUGCAUGCUGGUCCAUUCGCCAACAUUAGUAUCGGUGCUAGCUCCAUCAUUGCAGACAAGCUGGCUCUGAAGCUGGCGGGUACUGAGCUUGAUGAAGACCACGACGCCAAGACCGGUUUCGUGGUCACCGAGGCUGGGUUCGACUUCACCAUGGGUGGUGAGCGGUUCUUCAACAUCAAGUGCCGCUCGUCCGGUCUUUCUCCCGACACGGUCGUGAUCGUGGCUACUGUCCGUGCCUUGAAAGUGCACGGUGGUGGUCCCGAGAUCAGCCCUGGCGCCCCCCUGCCCGAGGUGUAUCGGACGGAAAACGUUGACGUUCUUCGCGCUGGCUGUGUCAACCUGCGCAAACACAUUGCCAACGCGAAGCAGUACGGUGUCCCCGUUGUGGUUGCCAUCAACCGCUUCGAGACUGACACUGAGGCUGAGAUUGCUGUGAUAAAGGAGGAGGCUAUUGCUGCUGGUGCCGAGGACGCGGUCCCGGCUAACCACUGGGCUGAAGGUGGUGCGGGUGCUGUCGAUUUGGCCAAGGCCGUGCUUGUCGCCAGCUCCAAGCCCAAAGACUUCAAGCUGCUGUACGAUCUGAAUGGCAGUAUCCAGGAGCGCAUUGAGCGCAUUGGUAAGGCCAUGUACGGUGCCGAGAAGGUUGAGUUCAGUGAGCUCGCCCAGAAGAAGGUCGACACAUAUACCAAGCAGGGCUUUGCCAACUUGCCCAUCUGUAUUGCCAAGACACAAUACUCGCUCAGUCACGACCCUGCCCUGAAGGGUGCUCCCACCGGAUUCACCGUUCCCAUCCGGGAUGUGAGAUUGGCCGUGGGUGCUGGAUACCUCUACGCCUUGGCCGCUGAUAUUCAAACCAUCCCCGGAUUGCCCACUGCCCCCGGGUAUCUAAACGUGGACAUCGACACAGAGACUGGAGAGAUUGACGGGUUGUUUUAG